AUGGUUUACAAACCACCAGGAACCUCCUCUUCGUUAAGGAGCCCACCGUCGUCGUCACGUGGUCUGUCACCAUCGACGUCGUUCCGCGGCGGUGGCUCGAUUCGCGGCCAGAAAUACAACUCGAAAUCAGUGACAAAUCUCAACAACUAUCGAGACAACAAUAUCAACAACAAUAACUCACGUGGUCGGAUUCAAAUCCGACCGCAACAGGGAACGCGUGGCUCUGGGGGUAGUACGGAGAGUUUCAACAACGGAAGGAAAGUGAACAAUCUGCUGAAGGGUGCCGGGACGACGGGUUCCGGCAUGGUUCGAUCGAACAGUUUGAACAACAAAAGCAGCAACCGUUCCAAUAGUGUCGAGAGAAUGAAUAAUGGGAAAAUCUACCGUGGACGGAGUCCGCUACGGAAUUCGACAUCCAAUCUACAGCAGCAUGGGAAAAAUCAGCCGUUCUUAGUGCGGUCCAGGGGAAAUGACCGCGGCAGUAUCGAUAACUUGGACAACAUCACACAGUCUUCGAAUGGCAGCGGCAGUUCGGCUCCGGGCACACCGGAAGACAACAUAAACGUCGUGGUGCGGGUACGGCCACUGAACGUGAAGAAUGUCCGCAAUGCCGACGAUAUGGUGGUUCAGUUUCCCGGAAACGGUCAAAUCCUGUGCGAUGGUAUCCCAGCUGCACCGGGUAGUGCCGGCCAGAAGGCGAAACUGUUUUCCUACAACGUAGUCUUCGAGCCGGGUUCAACGCAGGAUGAUGUGCUGGAGUAUUCCGGCAUUAAACGGCUGAUCGAAAUGGCAAUCGAAGGAUUCAGCUGUACGGCGUUCUGCUAUGGGCAGACGGGUUCCGGGAAGACACAUACCCUCACGGGACCACCGGAAUUGUUCUUCGGAAAACCCGAUCCGCAGCACGAAAACCACGGGCUGGUAUUUCGAUCAUUUCUCUAUCUAUUCAAAUUACUCCAGGAACGGAAGGAUACGAACUUUGUGCUGAAAGCUUCCUUCCUGGAAAUUUACAACGAAAAGGUCAUCGAUCUACUCAACCCGGGAACCGCUCGCAAGCCUCUGGCUGUACGAUGGUCCAAAAAAUCGAGAGGCUUCUUUGUCGAGAACCUCUUCACCGUUGACUGCGAAGAACUGGACGACCUGCUGGCCGUACUGGAAGAAGGUAUGCGAAAUCGUUCCGUUGGCUGCCACUCGAUGAAUGACUACUCGUCGCGGAGUCAUACGAUCCUGACCGUGCACAUAACCUCGGAGCAGCAAGCUGAAGGCGGUGUGUUCAUAUCGAAACAGGGCAAAAUCAACUUUGUCGAUCUGGCCGGCAGCGAGAUGACCAAGAAGACCCACAGCGAAGGUAAAACGCUGGAGGAGGCCAACAACAUCAACAAGAGUUUGAUGGUUUUGGGAUAUUGUAUUGCAUCGUUGAGCGAUUUGAAGAAACGGAGCGGACACAUACCCUAUCGGGAUAGCAAGCUGACCAAGUUGCUUGCGGAUAGUUUGGCUGGGAAUGGCGUUACUUUGAUGAUUGCGUGCAUUUCGCCGGCCCGGUCAAACAUAACGGAAACGCUGAACACACUUCGCUAUGCAGCCCGGGCGAAGAAGAUACGCACCAAACCGAUCAUUGUGAUGGAUCCACGAGAAGCUCUGAUUCUUAGCCUGAAGCGAGAAAUCGGAGCUCUACAGGUGGAGAACGAACAUCUCCGGACGGCGUUGAAUCUCCAGUCUGAAUCGCAAGAGAUCAACAGUCAGGUAGACUUCCUCGAGCGGCGGCAGGUCGUACGGACGCCUCAGAAAGUCGAUCUUGACAAACUGCCCGAUAUGGAGAGCAACGAUCUCAAGGAACUGGUCAAGGUCUAUAUGCUGGAGAACCAAGCGCUGCGACAGGAAAACUCCGAACUCUACAGCACGCGGGAGAUGAUCAUGCGCGAUCAGGAGGUGGUCUGUCGAGAGAACGAAAGACUGUUGAAGAAGCUGGAGGAUGUGAAUUCCGUUUGCUGUCGAUCGCCGAUCAUUCCGGCAAGACCUACGUUUUCGGCGGAAAUGCUCAAUUUGUCGGCUAGCGGCGAUGACAUGUCCAACGUCGUUUGGCAGAACGCCAUGAGCGUCAGUAGCGACAGUAUGGGAAGCGUCAGCCGAUUCAAGCAGGAUUCUCUGGACGGUCGGGUUUCCGCUAAUGAGAAUAAAAUUCCGGAGCUUUUGCAGAAGGAGCUGGACAAGCGGAGAAUCGGUGAUAGCAUCCAAACUAUCGCCAACAACUUGAAGAGGCACAAUUCGUGGGAAAACAACCGUUCGCUGAACGGUGUGAAGCUGGCGUCACGAAAAAGUUCUGCAGACAGCAGACACUCCGAUCAGUCCCAACGGAGAACUUCACAAACCAGAAUCAUUGACUUGAAAGCUCGCUCAUAUCCCUACUCACCGGAGGGGGUCGUCGCCAUCGGUUCGUCAUGGUCUCCAAUGGCCAGACGACCGGCCAGUAGUAUCAGUAGCAAUACGUUUAGCCGGCAGUCCUCUCUGCUGCUGCGUAAGCAGAAUAAUUUUCUGAGCAAAAGUCGUUCCACGGACGAAGGCCUGCUGCCAAUGAAACGGAACAUCUUUGGCAGUCUGGUAUCGCUCAACGGGGAUGACGUUGGUGCUAAGACGUUCCUUUGAGCGCGACUUAAGUAUUUUUUUUGUACGUAGAAUUUUUAUGUAGCAAUAGAAGUAGACUUGAAACCGUGUCCGUCUCAGCUGAUUUAAAAAAAAAGUCAGAUGCAUGUCAGCGUGUAUUCACUAUUGUUAGAUUUAU